AUGUAUGCAAUUCGUACCACUGAUGAGAAAGUCGCAAUUGUACGACUUUUUUCAAAGUUUGAAAAUGCAACUGACGUACAAAGAGUAUGGACCAAUUAUUUUGAUACAACUCCACCUCAUCUGACCACAAUUUCGUCAAUCAAUAAAAAGUUUGAUGAAUUUGGAACAAUUGAAAAUCUACCGCACAUUGGUCGACCGUCAAGUGUACUCUCUGAAGAAAAACUAGACGAAAUUGAAGAAAGAGCCACUAGCAAUCCACAAUUGUCUAUUCGUUUAGGUGCUGAUCGAGCUGGUAUAAGCAAAAGCAGUUACCAUGUGGCAAUGAAACAACUUGGCUUUAAACCUUACCGUCCUACCUUAGUGAUCGACCUUAAUGAUGAUGAUUUCGAUCGUCGUAGCGAGUUUUGCGAAUCAUGGAUCGAGAAAUUCGAAGAAGAUCCCAAUCUAAUCGACAGUAUAUUUUGGAGCGAUGAAGCCAAAUUUAAUAUGAAUACAAGCGUCAAUCGACAUAAUUGCACUUACUGGGCCAGAGAAAAUCCACACUUCAAGUUUGAAAUGCCAAAUACGCAACAAGGAAUUAUGGUUUGGUGCGGAAUAAGUUCUAAUGGACUCGUUGGUCCAUAUUUUUUCAAUGAUACCGUUACUGGUCCAUCGUACAAAGAAAUGCUGGUUAAUUAUGCAUGGCCUCGGUUGAAGAACAAAAACUUUUACUUUCAACAUGAUGGAGCAGGAGCUCAUUAUUCUGUUACUGUUCGAGAAUGGCUGGAUAAAAAAUUUCCAGAUCGAUGGAUAGGUAGACGUGGUCCAUUCGACUGGCCAGCUCGUUCACCAGAUUUAAGUCCCUGUGACUUCUUUCUUUGGGGCUAUUUGAAGGACAUUGUGUUCAAAGAGCCAGUCGCUUCUAUUACAGAACUUCAAGAAAGAAUUGAACAAGCUUGUGAAGAGAUACCCGAAGAAAUGUGUCGCAAAGCAUGUCGCUCUGUUGUGCAACGUCUUUGUGACUGCUUGAACAACGAAGGACAGUUUCUUUCAUACUAA